GAGAAACUUCUAAUUGUUUGCGCAUGAGGAGCGUAUGCUAUGUCCACCCCAUUAUGCAGGAAGAAAGCUUGAAAAGAUGUCUUUCCGCACGUCAUGGCCGGUGCCCCGGGCAGGGCUACCAUCCGGGGACUUGUCAAAAUGAUCCUUGACUUGCCUGGAUUGUUUCGUCAAGCGCCACCAUCACGGCCAGGGGGGCAGAAGGCGCGGAAGUUCAGAACCCAAUUACAGCUCGUGAGUCCUUCGGUCUCGUUUGGUAUAGCGUAUCCCUAAAAGAUGGCUCUAGUUGGAUGAACUGGGUGAGAAUACUGAAGUAAAGCAGAAAUCCUCGGGACGUUGAAGGAAUGCGUUCAAUUGCAACGAAUCCUAUCUGCUCAUUUGUACCAGUCUUAGAUACUGCAUUGAUGAGGAUUUAGAAUUUGUUAUAGGGACUAGAGUCCUACCCAACUUGAG